CUAUGUCUGUCUGGUGAAGUCUAUACCAGGAAAUGCAUGUCAUAUAAAAGCAGCCUGUGUUGUUGCCUUGGAGCAGGAGGGGAAGGACAGCUCGUUAAAAGGGCAGAACACUUCCUGAUAGACACUGCAUACUGGAUUUAUAGCAUCAACUGAAGGACUCAGCUGAAGCGGUCCAGUAUCCUGAGGAUGGCUCUAGCCGGCUCGGAAACGAUGAACCCGGAUGGCGAUGGAGAGACGUUCAUACUCCGGGCUGUCCGGAUAGGAGCUGUGGUGGCACUGUACUGGUUUGUCUCCAUAACAAUGGUGUUUCUCAAUAGUUAUCUGCUGGACAACCGAGAAUUGGACGCACCAUUGUUUGUCACGUUUUACCAAUGUUUGGUGACUGUGGGACUGUGCUGGCUCAUGCAGCUGCUGUCCAAAGUGUGCCCGGGUCUCAUCGACUUCCCGUCGGUCAAAUUUGACUUGAAGACGUCCCGGGAGGUCCUUCCACUGUCCAUUGUGUUCAUCGGCAUGAUCACCUUCAACAACCUGUGCCUGAAACAUGUCGGAGUGGCUUUCUACACGGUCGGUCGUUCUCUCAGCACAGUGUUUAACGUGCUGUUGUCGUACAUCAUCCUGAAACAAACCACAUCACUUCAAGCCAUAAUGUGUUGCGGGGUCAUACUAGGUGGAUUCUGGCUUGGUGUGGACCAGGAAGGCAUGACGGGGAACCUCUCCUGGACAGGCGUCUUUUUCGGGGUGUUGGCCAGCGCAUGUGUCUCUCUGAACGCCAUCUUCACCAAAAAGGUGAUGCCAGCAGUAGAAGGAAACAUCUGGAAACUGUCCUACUACAACAACAUUAACGCCUGCGUCCUCUUCCUGCCGCUCAUUCUGUUGUUCGGAGAGUUGGGCAGUCUGGCCAGCUUCAGCCACUCUUCUGACCUCAAGUUUUGGGGCAUGAUGACGCUCGGAGGAGUGUUUGGUUUCGCUAUCGGCUACGUCACAGGCCUCCAGAUCAAGUUUACCAGUCCACUCACACACAAUGUCUCAGGUACAGCAAAGGCCUGUGCUCAGACUGUCAUUGCAGUGGUGUACAACUCCUCCAGUAAAAGCCUGCUGUGGUGGACCAGCAACUUGAUGGUUCUUGUGGGCUCUUCAGCCUACACUUGGGUCAAAAGUCUAGAAAUGAAGAAGACUCCACAAAGAGUCCCUCCCGACUCAGCGAAGGAAAAACUGCUGCCAGAGGAGAAAGGCAACCUGGGAGUUUAACCAUUUUAAGUAGCCUGUGAAAUAUUUUACUUUUAUACAUAUGACGUGAGAAUAUGAAGUAAUGUAAGCUUCCUUCUUGAUGGAUUCAAAUUGUGGUUGGGUUUAAUAGUUUGUGGUUUUUUAAUGUUUGACUUGAGGCCUAAAGGAUUUUUUAUAGUUUAUUUAAAGCUGCUCACAUGCAAUUGGGGCCUUUUUACAUUAUUAUGUAUAAUGCAAUAAUGUAUCUUUUAUCAUGUAGUCUACAAGUGAAGAGGGAACAAAUCAUGUUUUUAUUGGUAGGGAUGGUAUGCUGAUAAUAGGCGCAUUCACACCGCAGUACUUUUCCCACAAAGGUUCAUCAGAACUUAGUUCAUGAGAACUCUUUAGUUCGCAUGAACUAAGUACAGAU